CGUACUUUCGCUGGCUUUUGAUUGCGCUAAUUGCCACGUGUUGCGCCAUUGAAAAAGCCAACGGUCUGCAGGUUGGGCCGUUUUCUAUACCGUCGAUCGAUGACGGCGUCAAUUUCUUUCGAAAUGCUGCUUCUAACGCCGCGCGAAAUGCAGUCAGUGCACUAAGUCAACUAUCUAACGUUAUUAGCAGACCAUUUCGAAAGGAAGAGCCGAAAAUUCCUGUUGCGAUUGAAACAACUACAAAACCUCCAAAAAUGGAGGAAAACGGUGACAGUGCGGUGAAGUCAAGUGUGAAGCUAAAUUUAUCAUCUGCUCAUGUGGAAUCACAUCAUGAAGCACUUGAUGGUGUUAUCUCAACCGUUCCAUUCAAUCCACCGAGCACAUCGCCCGAACCAAUAACCCGAAAUCGAGAUUCUCCCAUAAAUCGACAUGAUCCUCAUUUCUAUCCCGGUCGGCACGUGAUGGUGCAUUUAUUUGAAUGGAAAUUCGAAGACAUUGCAACCGAAUGCGAAAGAGUUCUCGGACCGGGUGGAUUCGGUGGCGUUCAGGUGUCCCCGAUCAACGAGUACGCGAUAGCCCCUAACAGACCGUGGUGGGAACGAUACCAACCUAUCUCGUACAAAGUCAACAGCCGGUCGGGAAAUGAGGAACAGUUCACGGCAAUGGUACGCCGUUGUCAACGUGCUGGUGUCCGCAUCUACGUGGACGUUGUGGUCAACCACAUGGCAGCUGUUGGAGGCUACGGUACGGCUGGGUCUCCGAGCGAUCCUGCUAAUAAGGCGUAUCCAGGCGUUCCUUACAAUCGAUCACACUUCCAUGCGAAUUGCACCAUAAGGAACUAUCAAAACGCCACCGAGGUGCGUGACUGUGCCUUGAAUGGGCUGCCAGAUUUGAACCAAACCGAGCCCUUCGUUCAGGAGCGUAUUGUUGACUUCAUGAACCGGUUGAUAGGGUUCGGUGUUGCUGGAUUUCGCAUGGAUGCCAGCAAGCACAUGUGGCCUGACGAUUUGGAGGCAAUCUACAACCGACUGCUGCCGUUGAACCCUGCGUUUGAGUUUCCGAUGUUUGCGGAUCCGUACAUCUACCAGGAAGUGAUUGAUCUUGGAAACGAACCAAUAACUGCUGCACAGUACACAGAGCUUGGAAGUGUGACCGAGUUCAAAUAUUCGUUCUUCAUCGGACUGCUUUUCCGCGGGGAACUAGAAGCUACGGCACUACAAGCACUGAUCGCUGAAAGAGCACCGCAGUUCGGACUGGUGCCUUCUCAAUCGGCCUUGGUAUUCGUGGACAACCACGACAACCAGCGUGGCCAUGGAGCCGGUGGUGCCUCCAUACUAACCUUCAAGGAUGGCUCAAAAUACGCCCAAGCAGUCGCGUUCAUGCUUGCCACCGACUAUGGGGUCGUCCGGCUGAUGAGCUCGUACAACUUUACUGACUCUGAUCAAGGACCCCCAGCCGAUGAGUCAACGGUUAUCCUUUCACCGGGGCUUCCAAACGUCAACGAUCAUGCGACCUGCGAGAAUGGGUGGAUUUGUGAACAUCGCUGGCCAGUGGUACGGCGUAUGGUGCACUUCAGGAACUUUGUGGCACCCUCCCCGAUCACGGACGUGCAGAUGACCAGCGGAACAUUCGCGUUCUGCCGAGGAAACAUUGGGUUUGCGGUGUUCAACAUCGGUGCCGGUUCGCACGAUGGCAUAUUCAACACGUGCCUGCCGCCGGGCGAGUACUGUGAUCUUAUCACAGGUGAUAGAGUCGACACGAAGUGUACAGCUACGCGUGUCCUUGUGAACGGCGACGGAACGGUCAGUUUAACCCUUCCAAGCUCGUCAGGCGUUGUGCUGGACCUGUUAAAUCGAGUUACGUGACACCAAACGCCGAUGGCAUAUUGCUUAUGCAAAUAAUACAAAAAAGUAGGCAGCCCCUUUUAUUUAGAUCAA